CCUGUGACGUAAUGGUAACGGCCCGUUUCCGGGGAGGAGCCAGAGAGGGCGGGCGUUUAGGCUGCGCCGUCCUCUCAGCCCCCCUCCAGGAGACAUUCGGAGCCCAGGACAUGCCGGGAUUGAGAAGCUACGAGGUGGCGCUGGAGGCGGAGGAGGAGAUCUACUGGGGCUGUUUCUACUUUUUCCCCUGGUUGCGAAUGUGGCGCAGGGAGAGGAGCUCGGCACACCCCCGGGAGCAGAAGCUGGAGCCCCUGCGGGGUCUGAUGAGCUGUCUGUCCAGCGGCCUGGGCCCUGCUCCCCAGCGCUCAGGUCGUGGCCUUCUCUGCCGCACUCCCGCUACUGCUGUCCAGCCAGCUGGUGCAUUAAAAAUUUAAAG